ACUCGACCUACGUUCGAUCAGUAGUAUCCUAUCACAAGUACUGCUCGUGUUUGGUAAACUUUACCGGCAUAUAGCGAGCUCCUACACUUCUCUGUUGGUUACAAUCCACCGCGGGACACCAGUUUGACACGUACGGAAUUAGUGACUCCACGAUUUGUCUAUGUUAUUGGUUUAAUUUCACGGAUUGCGGGGCUGGGUGCGACGGACUUCGAUGCUUUCUGCGUACAACAUUAUGGACCAAAAGCGAACGAGUGCGUUCGUAAUGAGUAACCCUCCACUUGCAGCACUACAUAACAUGACCGAAAAGAACCAAAUGUUUCAAUUUCCUACAGUAUACAGCAGUCACAGUGCGCUCAAACCAUUUAUCACGUCGCCAGUCGCUACACCACACGGCAUAAACGAUAUACUUAGUCGACCUGAAACCACGAUGCUGAACGUACCCAGAAUUAACACUGCUGUGAACGCUGGUAUGUACUUUUCAGCGGCUAGUCGUUUUAGUAAACCAGAACUGCCAGGAAGCCACACAUCGGCACUAUAUUGGACACCUUCGAUGCCACCAGUACAGCACCCGAAUUCAUUAAACUCAUGGACCAGAGAGCGUUACCCGUGCCAAAUGGGUCCACAUUCAGUGUCAACAUCUGGUCAAGGAGUAAUGUCACUGGAUAAGGAUGGCAAACGCAAACACACACGCCCAACAUUUUCGGGCCAACAGAUCUUUGCGCUUGAAAAGACAUUCGAACAGACGAAAUAUCUAGCCGGUCCCGAAAGAGCACGUCUUGCCUAUGCACUGGGGAUGUCCGAGAGUCAAGUGAAGGUCUGGUUCCAGAACAGAAGAACAAAAUGGCGGAAGCGACACGCAGCAGAAAUGGCCACAGCAAAAAAGAAACAAGAAGAAACGGAAAAUAUGGCUGGCGAUGCGUCGGAAGCGGAAGACGGCUCGGAGAACGAUCGUCAUUUUGAAGAGGACUCGGAAAAAGAGAGUGAGCCUGUUUUUAAAAAGAAAGCGGACAGUCGACCAGCUUUCAGGUAGCUUAGUACCUUACCCAGGCAUUAUCUGGAUGUAGGCAACCAGAUAAGAUUUCAAACUAGCAUGUACAUUUCAAUCAUGGACUACUUGUCGGCGAAUGUAUAUUUCCUUUUAUUAUUUUAUAUAUUUUAAAGUAUAAGUCAAGUUUGCAGGUCCCUCAAUGCCGGCUAUCCAAUUAUAACGUACGGUGUGUCUUGCCAAGACGGGCCAGGUAUAAAGUAGCAUACUAACGACACGGCUGAGAGCUAGUAGCUUUCCUUUUUACUGACACUCUCGCCAAGACAUUCUUAUUUGACAUCAUUUUUUUAUUAUGAAUGGGUCACCGAUCUACAUAUAUCAUCCCCAAACUCAUCAUAUUUUUGCUCGUCUUAAACUAAGCAAUAUCAGUAUGAUUAUCUUAACAAUAGACGGCAAAUCAGGUCGUUAAACGACACCCAACUGUACCCAGACUACGUACUAAGUAAGACUAUCUCGGACCCGUUAUAUAUAUCGUGGAUAUAAUUACAUUAUACAGAAACAAAUAGGGAAUGAUGAGUCUGUCUUUAUUACCAUGUACUCAGACACGCCGUUCACCGUUGUCCACUAUGUUAUCGUCAACACGCGUAUGUGGACGGGGUUGAUAAGGAGUCAUUCCGGGACAACCUAUUCGAGUCUGACAGUCGCCAGCGCCGUUCACCGUUGUCCACUAUGUUAUCGUCAACAGACGCCUAUUAUUAGGUGUACAUCGUCAACACGGGUCAGGCGGUUGACAGGAUGUUGGCGGACUCUAUCUCCAUGAUACAAUUUUACAUUAGAAAGGCGGCUUUAAGAUAACGACUUAUAUCGGCACCCGUCACAUGUGUGUAUAAACAGACAGAUUACAGCCAGACAGCAAUACCAAUAGUUACAUUGGGAAUUCUGUGUUCUAUAUUUGUUCCUCUUGUUUUUAUGCGAUCUAUGCUCAACGACUGCUUCAAAUGUCCACGAGGAACUAGGGCACGAAACUGAAUGUAAAUGCGUCCGAAACGGAACAAAUGUCUAGUUAGUGUGAAAUCUUAAAAAAUGUAACGACACGUUUAUGUUAGACAAAUAUUUGAAAAUUGUGGCUGUCGUGGAUUCUGCGCUUAGAUUUAGGCGGGUGACUGGAACUGUUAGUCUAAAAUUGCCGGGAGCGUAGUUACGUCCUAUGUUGCAGGUGAGUGGGAGGGAGGCAGCCACCGAUGUUUUAAGUGUACUCUAUAUACCACCCAGUGUUCGUAUCACACUCAAACCAAUAACCCCGUCUUUGGUCUUUUUUACGGGUCACCAAUCAUUAAUCGGUCUGCUGUCUGUACUCGGAAGUAAGCUCCCUUUAGUUUCGAGAUGCCUCAUUGUUUCCCAUCCACGAGGCGAAAUGAGCCGCCAGUCGCCCGCCGCUAACGUUAAAUAUGAUGUAACAACGAUAACCACAUCAAUAAUAAUUACUUUAACUACUUCUCAGUAAUUUUAAAAUCGAUCACAUUCCAGGGUAAUUUUAACUCACUAAGUUUAAUUUCUGUGUCAUCACUACAUGAUCCUGUAUUCCCGCUUUCAGAGUCAGUCACGGUGUUUGGUAGGCAGUCACGGUGUGCAUGGGCGCCGUCUGCUCUGCUGUGAACUAUUCCGUGAUGCUGACAGUGCGGUAUUUACGAACUCAACAUUGAAUCAAAUCAUAGCGAUUCAUCGUCCGUGUUUUGAUCGGUUAUCUCAACGACUUUAUAUGUCGGUAAAUGAAAUAUUUCAAAACAUUUCAGUUUUGAUGUAAUUCACGUUCUUUUUUACUAGGUGAUUGUUUUUUUUGAUAGACUGUUCGUAGUUCGUAGAUUGUGAAUGACAACUAAUGUUUGAGAUAUAUUGCAAUGCUUUUGCAACGAAAUAUAUAUUGUAUACACGAAUAGAAUUCAUGUUGUUUUUUUUAAACUAUUUUCUUAUAGAAAUAUUAUGGUUUUUUAACGGGGGGAUAAUAUAUGUGGAUUGGUCUGCACUCACUUAAUCUUAACCCCAUGUUAGAUUUUUUUAAUGCAAACUCCUCCCGCUAUUAUCAUGGUUAUUCACGGAUUUGUGUUUGUUUCUGUCUACAUAAUUGUUGUUGAACUCACCAGUGCUCGCUAUUGUGCUUCGCCAUUACUAAACAAUCAAGGAAAAGCGAGAAAUGAAUGUCAGAACACACAAUGGCGGAACAACAUUGUAUUAAAACAGAACCACGUCAGCAAAACAUUGUAAUGUGGAACGCUGUAGACGAAUUCAACGGUGUAAAUAUAUAUAGGAUAUUAUUAUUGAAGCAAAUGAUAGCAAGUUGUUUGUUUUUGAAGAAACAACGUGUAGUUCAGGGUACCCAAGAUUGGAACUGUUGCUUAUGAAAUAAGCAUUUAUAGACAUUGACUUUUGACAACCACCGCGACUUUUCGUUUUAUAUGCGUGCUCAGCGGAUGGUUUUGAUCUAUGGUGAAAUGCGGCAUAUACAUUAAACGAAAGCUCAAAUCUUGCCAAUUUAUUGUAUUCACUAUAACAUGCAAUGAACUUUUAAAACGAGUGGUUGAAUUUGAAAUAAACAUCCAGUUGAUUUUAA